AUGGUUAACGUCAAAUCGCGUUCAGGAAGAUGCAGUAGAAUGCACUGGGAAUGUGUUGUCGACCAACAACUCGAGUAUCGUUGACAGUUUGAAAGAUUCAACUAAUAAAGCGUGAUUAUCUUUUUAAUAUAUUCUUUUUUAAAAACCGCAACGAUGCACGACGCUUACGAGGAGACGUCUAUAUUAAAUAUCACUGUGCAAAUUGAAUCUAUGGCUGCGUAUGAUGACAACUUACUGAUAGGCACCAGGGAAGGUCAUCUUAUUAUGUACAACGUGCCGUCGGUGUUCGAUGACAGCCACAAGCUAGAAUUGUUACGUCACAGCAAGAAUUUUAACAAGAAGCGAAUCAAUCAGAUAGACGUUGUGCCAGAAUACAAUUUAUUGAUUAUCCUGACAGAUAACAUUGUGUGCAUUCAUGAUUUGAAUUCGCCAAACUUUCAACAAAUAUGUCAAUUACCGAAGACCCGCGGCGCCACCCUGUUUACUCUGGAGGUUCAGUCGACUCAGAGCCUGACAGGAGAAAAGAACACUGUGGUGCGCUUGUGCGUCGCUGUCAAACGUAAAUUGCAGCUAUAUUAUUGGAAGGGAAAGAAGUUUGAGGAAUUUAAUGAUUUUGAGCUAACCGUGCCGGAUAUACCUCGUCAGCUAUCAUGGUGCGGCGAAACGUUAAUAUUAGGAUUUCGUGGACUGUCUUAUACAAUUUUCGACCUAAACGGUAAACCUAAGGAGCUCUUUCCCACCGGUAAAUCUCCAGAACCAAGUAUUACGAAAUUAUCAGACAGUUCCUUUGUCCUGGGCAAAGAUUCUCAAUCGUUUAUUAUGGAUACAAAGGGAGAGUUGGUUCAGCAUAACCCAGUAAAGUGGUCAGAUACACCUAAUGUAAUAGCAUGGGAUGAUCCUUACUUACUUGGUAUCGUACACGACAGAUUGGAGGUGUAUACAUUAGAAGGAUGUCUGCAUAUCCAGACAAUAAAGGAUCUAAAUAAGGCUAGACUUAUAUACCGGUGUAAACAAGGGAAAGUCUUUGUGGCAUCCAUUAGUCAGAUUUGGUGUGUCAAGGCAAUUGAUGUUACUUUACAAAUUAGGACUUUGCUGGAGCAAAAUCAGUUUCAGUUGGCGCUAAAAUUGACUAGUCUAUCAGACAUAACAGACGAAGAGAAAGCCAAACAAACAUACAAGAUACAAACGUUGUACGCGCAUCAUCUGUUCUACAACAAGCGAUUCCAAGAGGCGAUGGAUCUGUUUUUGAAACUGGGGACCGAUCCGUACGAGGUGAUCAGAUUGUUUCCAGAUCUAGUUACGCCUUCGACCAAUGUUAAUGAACUCAGUGAACCAGCGCCCAGUUUACCGAAGCUGCAAGAUCACGAUUUGGAAAAGGGCUUACGUGCAUUGAUAGUUUUUCUAACCGAGGUCAGGCAUAAGCUAAUGGCAAAAGACAAAGAACUUGGAAAGGAAAAGAAUGGAGUAAAUGGAGAAAAAAAUCUAACUGUUGUAGCUACGGAGCAGCUUUUGAAGAUUAUAGAUACUACCCUUUUAAAGUGCUAUUUACAGACUACUGACGCGUUGGUGGCGCCUUUACUUAGGCUGAAUCACUGUCAUUUGGCAGAAGCUGAGAAAACUUUAUUGAUGCAUCAGAAAUAUCCGGAGCUCAUUAUUUUGUAUCAAACCAAAGGGCAGCACAAGAAAGCGUUGGAGCUACUGGAGAAACACGCAAAGGAAAAUGAUUCUAGUCUGAAAGGCACUGAGAGAACUAUACAGUAUUUGCAGCAUCUCGGCAAGGAUCACAUGGAUCUAAUACUAAAGUUUGCCGGAUGGGUUUUAACGGAGGAUCCUGAGCAAGGCCUUAGAAUAUUUAUGGAAGAUAUACAGGAAGUUGAACAUUUACCUAGACCAAAGAUAUUGGAUUACCUUCUACGUUUCCACAAAGAUUUAGUGAUACAAUACUUAGAACAUGUAGUACAUGUUUGGGAAGACACCAAUCCAUUAUUCCACAACGUUUUGAUACAUCAGUACAAGGAAAAGUGUCUGGCCUCCAUGAGUGCAAACGCAACGCCAGCGGAGAAAGAAAUUUCGCAGCACGUCCGACAGAAGUUGCAACAAUUCUUGGAGAAAUCGGCACAUUAUACCCCAGAAACGAUAUUAGUGCAUUUUCCAUUUGACAGUUUGUUCGAAGAACGUGCGAUCAUACUUGGACGACUCGGUCGACAUCAGCAAGCUAUAUCGAUAUAUGUUAGUCUUUUAAACGAUAUACCGCGUGCAACACAAUAUUGCCAAAAUGUAUAUACAAGGUAUCAAAAUCAAGAUCGUGCGGAGAAACAAAAGCAAACGGAUAAUGCCGACGAAGUAUACGUUUUGCUAAUUCAGCAACUAUUGAAACCCGACAACGAAGGAGUUUUAAUGGCUGGUUGUAAUCCGGAAAUUCAAAGAACGACACAGCCAGAUUUAGAGAUGGCCCUCCGACUGUUGGAGGAACAUGCUUCAAAGAUAAAUCCUAUGAAAGUUCUGGAGGUUCUACCAGAUUCCGUUCCUAUCGGUAGAAUAAAGCACUUUCUGGAAGUUAGUUUGCAGAACAAUCUGAACGCAAGGCGGAGGACGCAGGUUCUCAAAGGGCUACUUUACGCGGAGCACUUACAAGUGCAGGAGCAACGGAUGCACUAUGAAUCACAGAGCGUCCUCAUGACAGAAUUUAAUAUAUGCCCAGUUUGUAAAAAACGAUUUGGCAACCAAAGCGCUUUCGCGAGAUAUCCCAAUGGUGAUAUAGUGCAUUACUCGUGUCAAGAUCGCAAGGGAUAAAGACGGAGUCGCAAGAUUAUACGUACAAGUCAUAAUUCUCAUGAUACAUAAGUUUAAGAUUGUAUAUAUAUAUCCAAUGUACGCAUUUUAUAUAUACGAAUUUCGCAUACGAAAUUCCGAUACAUGUAUUAUUACGCGAAAUUCAAAAAGUAUCCACUCUGCAGCCACUUAUUAAAAAUUACCAGUAAAACUC